GUUGGGACAGAUGAGCUGAGGCGGCGCAAACUGAGUCUGCAGGUGGUUUGUCGCGGUGGUCGCGGCAGCGCGUUGGUGUGAGGGACUUCAGAGUUCUGGACGGGGACAAUGGCGUCUCGGGCAGGCCCGCGAGCGGCCGGCACCGACGGCAGCGACUUUCAGCACCGGGAGCGCGUCGCCAUGCACUACCAGAUGAGUGUGACUCUCAAGUAUGAAAUCAAGAAGUUGAUCUACGUGCAUCUGGUCAUAUGGCUGCUGCUGGUUGCCAAGAUGAGCGUGGGACACCUGAGGCUCUUGCCACAUGACCAGGUGGCUAUGCCCUAUCAGUGGGAGUACCCAUAUUUACUGAGCAUCGUGCCCUCUCUCUUGGGCCUUCUCUCCUUCCCACGCAACAACAUUAGUUACCUGGUGCUCUCCAUGAUCAGCAUGGGUCUCUUUUCCAUCGCUCCCCUCAUUUAUGGCAGCAUGGAGAUGUUCCCUGCUGCACAGCAGCUCUACCGUCAUGGCAAGGCCUACCGCUUCCUCUUUGGUUUUUCUGCCGUCUCUGUCAUGUACCUGGUUUUGGUGCUGGCGGUCCAAGUGCAUGCCUGGCAAUUGUACUACAGCAAGAAGCUCCUAGACUCUUGGUUCACCAGCACGCAGGAGAAGAAGCGUAAAUGAAGAGGCCUACCUGGUGGACUGCUCUGUGGGGUGAAGCCUGGAUCUCCCACUGAGCAGAGUGAGACAGCUGUUCUAAAAUCUCUGAUCUCUGCCUUGUGAUAUUGGCAGCUAGUACAGAGUAGGUCCAAGUUCACAAAAGCCUCUCCUGUUGCCAUCAGCUGAGGUCGCAAAACUAUUUUUAAUUUAUUCCUGGGUUUGGUUGCCUAGAACUGGGUGACCAACAGCUGUGAAACAUACACUUGCCUUCAGCUAGUUGAAGUUGAGGCCCUUCAGAAUUUUUCUUUAAGACUGAGCCUCAUCCUUGCCUCCCCAUGGCCAUUCUUUCUACUUCCAUCCAUCGCCCCUUAACCACCAAGACUGAAGGAGAUAGAGAAUAAAUUAAAUUCUAGUUCGAUCUAUGGGUUGUGGGUCAGGAAAUGUUUGAGAGGCUGCUCCCCCUGCUGGCUGUGGUCUCUGCUGCAAAGCAUUUUAAUUAAAAUCUCAAUAAUGUUGAGUAUCUCAAUAAAGCAUGACUGCCCUGUCCAUCCUGUGCCCUGUGUUUGGGGUUUGAUAGAUUGUGAAAGACGUGUUGCUUGUGUGGCCUUAGACACUAGGAGAUGAGCAGAGGUUUCCUGAGGAGCUUGGCAGUGGCCAUACUGAAGUGGACUGGACGUGGGGAACCUAAAUCAUAAUUCCAGCCCUGCAGCUGAUGGGCAAAAACCACCAUGAACCAGACAUUUAAUCUCUCCAUCUAUAAAAUGGUCCAUUCUCAUUUAUUCAGCUUGGAUUAUGGACUCUUAAUUGGGUAUUCAUAUAUAUCAGUCAGUAUUAAUACCCAAUUAAGAGUCAGUUAUGUGUCUAAUACCGUAUUAUGGUACCCAAAAGAAUUUUAGGGUAUACCUGAUAGUAGGGCGCUUGCAAUCUAGGUGAAACAUAAUAUACAUGUGAAACAAUGAAUACAGCAUGUAAUGGUGUGGAGCAGGUAAGUUAAAAGUAAUUAGCAAAGGCAAAUACAUAGAGACCAAGGCUUAUUAGUGGUUACCAGAGGUGGCAGGAAGAGGGAAGGGGAAGUCAUUGCUUAAGGAGCACUGAGUUUCUGUUGAUGGUGGUGAAGUAAUUUGGAAAUUCAUAGUGGUAAUGGUGACACAUGAUGUGUGUGAUCCAUGUCACUGAAUUGUACCUGUAAGAAUUGUUGAAUUGGCAAAUGUUAUAUGUUUUUACCACAAUGAAAAAAAAA